AUGGCACCACAGACCAACAGCAACAACUCCAUCGCCUUCGUCUCGAAGACCCAGCACUACUUGAAGGUGAAGAAGCCUCUGCUGGAGCGGCAGCGACGGGCCCGCAUGAACAAGUGCCUGGAUACGCUGAAGACCCUGGUGGCCGAGUUCCAGGGCGACGAUGCCAUCCUGCGGAUGGACAAGGCCGAGAUGCUGGAGGCGGCACUCGUCUUCAUGCGCAAACAGGUCGUCAAGCAGCAGGCGCCGGUCUCCCCACUGCCCAUGGAUAGUUUCAAGAACGGCUACAUGAACGCCGUCAGCGAGAUCUCCCGCGUGAUGGCCUGCACCCCGGCCAUGAGCGUGGAUGUGGGCAAGACGGUGAUGACGCACCUGGGAGUGGAGUUCCAGCGCAUGCUGCAGGCCGACCAGGCCCAGACUUCAGUCCAAUCAGCGGCCCCACGCCCACUCAGCCCCGCCUCCUCGGGCUAUCACAGCGAUAACGAGGACUCCGAGUCCGCCGCCAGCCCCAAGCCAGCCCAAGAAACCAUGUGGCGCCCUUGGUAGAUCAUCAUCAACCAGAUAAGCAACGACAUCGUACCCCGUCUUCCAUCUGCUAAAUCAUCAUUAGCAAAUCACCAUCGACAUCGAAUCCUGUCUUCCAUUAGCAACUCCUGCUAAAACGAAUCAUGUCUUCCAAUUGAAUCGUUAACACUGUGAUAACAGCUUUACCUAGAUCAUAAGACGAACUCAAGCUUUACUAGUUCAUUAAGAUUUAGACUUUAAGAAAACACCACCACAGCUUUAAUAGUUUUAAAAUAAAAAACAUAAAAAACUAAA